ACAAAGCUUUUAUCAUGCACAUAUAUAUGUCGAACCAAAACUAUGAUCAAUGAUCACCCAUACAUCUGUAUCUCUUUAACUGCUUUUAUUGAUCUUGUACCAACAUUUACGACCCAUAUUAAAUGCACCAUCUUUAUAUAAACACUUCUGUUUUGCUUCACACUCACACAUUUUCAAACAAAGACUUUUAUGCUCAUGGGUUCCAGAACCAGAAAGCUGUCUUGGGGGUUGGUUGUUGUAGCGGUGGCUUUUGUCAUGAUCACUACAGGUGAAGCUCAAGACUCCACCUCGUUGGUUCCGGCUAUCAUUGCUUUCGGUGACUCUGCCGUCGAUGUCGGUAACAACGACUACCUUCCCACCAUUUUCAAAGCUAAUUAUCCACCCUAUGGCCGUGACUUUGCUAACCAUCAACCCACUGGAAGAUUCUGCAAUGGCAAACUAGCCACUGAUAUCACUGCUGAUACCCUGGGAUUCACUACAUACCCCCCAGCAUAUCUCAGCCCGGAUGCUACCGGGAAAAAGCUUCUGAUCGGAGCUAAUUUUGCGUCUGCUGGAUCUGGUUACGAUGAUAAAACCGCCUAUGCAAGCCAUGCAAUCCCAUUAUCACAACAACUACAAUACUACAAAGAGUAUCAAGGCAAGCUAGCACAGGUUGCUGGAAGUGCCAAAUCAGCAUCCAUACUUAAAGAUGCAUUGUACUUGAUCAGCGCGGGCAACAGCGAUUUUGUCCAGAAUUACUAUGUUAACCCUUUUAUCAACAAAGUUUAUACGGCUGAUCAAUACGGAUCAUACCUUAUCGGAAUCUUUUCAAGCUUUGUUAAGGAUUUGUAUGGGUUAGGAGCGAGGAGGAUCGGAGUGACAUCGCUUCCACCGUUAGGGUGCUUGCCCGCGGUUAGAACUUUGUUUGGGUCCCAUGAAAAAGGAUGUGUAGCUAGUUUCAAUACCGACGCUCAAGCGUUUAACAAGAAGGUGAAUGCAGCCGCAACACAACUCGGAAAGCAACUUCCCGGUCUCAAGAUUGUUAUCUUCGAUAUAUUUCAACCGCUCUAUGACCUCGUUAAAGAUCCUGCUUCUCAUGGGUUUUUGGAGGCAACAAAAGGGUGUUGUGGAACAGGAAGGGUGGAGACAACAGUGUUUUUAUGCAAUCCGAAAUCGAUAGGUACAUGUAACAACGCGACUGAGUACGUGUUUUGGGACAGUGUUCAUCCUUCUCAAGCUGCUAAUCAAGUUCUUGCUGAUGCUUUAAUCCUCCAAGGGAUUACACUUAUCAGUUAAAUAAUUACUAUUGCACUCUUUUCUUAAACUUUGUAUAAUUCAUGUACAAUGUUUGUUUGAUUAUGUUUCUGUUACUUCAACUACUGUUUUUCUUACUUGUGUAUUCAAAACACAUGUAAAAGUCUUGUUUCAAAUUUCUUAUUGUUUAUCAAUUACAUCUUAUUUAUAAAUGUUC